AUGGCUCGAACCAAACAGUCAGCAUGCAAAAAUGCCUCUCCCUGUACACCACCCUCUUCAUCUUCUUCAUACCAAUCCAUAGAGCGUUCACCCUCUCCACCACCUCGCCCAACACCACCACACACCUCUUCUGCCUCUCCCUCUUCUAACACUAAUCAAGAAGUUCUCAACCUUAUUCCUCUGUCUACCUUUCUUCCACCACUAUACACUCGCCCUACACCAAACUUCGCUCAAGUGCCUCCUCAUCUACGCACUAGAAUCACUCCUCCACAACGCUCCAUGCGAGUCCAAUCUGGAAUUGGUACUUCGAAAUCCAUGAAUCCUAAACCACAUUAUUUCAUCAUUUCAGACUCUGAGAGUGAUGACUCUUCUGAUUCGUGCCCUCCAGUAGCAAAAUCACCAACCCAACCUGAACCACAAAUAAAAACGACGCCCACAGCACCAACACCACCACCACAAAAUCCAUCAACAACCACUAAACCUUCGACACCCUCAAAAUCUGCCUUCUCUUCUGAACGAUCGCACUCAACUCCUCCCCAUCAAAAAUGGAGAUCGAUCAAUGACAUCACUACUCCUCCGCCAGAAUCUUCUCCUCUUCCACAACCUUCUCCACAAAAACAUACCAAACGUUCUUCAUCUCCUCAGUCCGCUUCUACUUCCACAUCUUCUGAUUCUGAACCGUCUCCCCCCGCUAAGAAACCAAAACAGACUACUCCUCCUCUGAUUUCUCCUGCAAAAACAAAACUAUUUCAAGAAAAAUGGGCUCAACGCCCACUACCAACAAAAGGGCCAUCUGUUUUUGGUGACCACUGGUAUUCGGUUUUGGGUCUUAGAAAGACAGAAGUUUUGGCUAAUUUGUAUGAGGAAAACUCCACACGUCAUUUGGCCACCUAUCUUAAGCCUCUUCCCAAGGUAUUUAAUAACAUGUGCCAACAUACCUUGAUUCCACACUGUGGAAGCCAUGAGUAUGUAUCUGAUAAUGAUGCCUUGCUCAUUCAUCAUCUUCUAAACUGCAAGAGAUUGAAUCUACCAUAUGUCAUUCUCCAGCACAUGAUUUGUGCAGCCAACAAAGAUUACAAAAAGAACACUGUGCCUUAUGGCAUGGUCCUGACUAAAAUCUUCAGGCAUUUUGGAGUAUCUCUUGCAUCUGAAAAAUCUCUGAUAAAAAUUUCCAAAUUCUCCACCAAGAAUCUGUCUCAUAUGCGUAAAACCUCUUCUGCUCCAACACCCACUCCUCCAUCCUGUCAUACCUCUCACGAUCAGCAGGAAGACGACCUCCCACAAAUCCUAUUUCAUUCUCAUCACCUCCUACUGAAAACCAGCUCUUCCAUCUUUGGCAUUAGUCAGUUUUUGAACUUUCCCACUACUGAUGGCCCCUCUAAUCCAUCUGUUGGUCCUCUACCCUCUGUAUCAUCCUCUUUUGCUUCUAUUCCAUCCAUCUCUACAAUGCAUAUUCCUUCCAACACCGUUGUUGCUACAACUUCUCAACCCUCCGCUCACCUUCACUCUACUCCCACCUUAGCUACACCCUCCAACUCUGACAUUAUGGCUGCUCUACAGAUCAUCAUGGCAAGACAAGUUCAGCACGAUCAAGAGACUGCUUUACUCAGAACUUGGAUGGCUGAUCACCUUGCUCCCAAGCUGGGAAUUCCACCUCCGCCUCCUCAUCCGAUUCCACCUCCUUCUCAAGUCCCUCAUCCUUGA